GCGCAGUAGUUGUUCUCGCGCAAGUGUGCUAAAUGAACUUGGUAGCUUGUAAAGCUAUCCGAAGAGUGUUGAAAAGUGAGAGCGUCCCUUAAAAUCGUACGAAGAUGAUGUCCCUUGCUCCAAAAAAGGAUGGAGGGCCCAACACAAAGUUCUUUGAAUCUCCAGAAACUAUAUCCCUAUUCGAUGCAAUAAAGUCGUGGUUGCAGAAGAACUGUAAAAAGUAUGUUCAGACAGAUCCACCCACAAGCAAAGGCUUGUCUGCACUUGUCAUUCAGCUGAUACAGUUUCAGGAAGACAACCUUGGAAAAAAUGUCAGCAAACCCCCACUUACCAGACUGCCUAUGAGAUGUUUUCUAGAUUUCAAACCGGGUGGUGCCUUGUGCCACAUACUAGCCACAGUUUAUAAAUUUAAGAGUGAUCAAGGAUGGAGAAGAUUUGAUUUUCAGUCACCUUCUCGAAUGGAUCGCAAUGUGGAAAUGUUCAUGAAUGUGGAAAAGGUGCUGAUCCAGAACAAGUGCCUUACAAUGCCAGUAAUAUAUGUACGAUCAGAGGUGGAGAAGAGCAUGCAGGUGAAAAUAAAGGACAUAAUUAAGAGGCACCAAGGAUCCUUUACAGAUAAUGAAGAGGAAGCAACACACAUCAUUUACCCACCUUGUGAUCCACUGGAUGAGGAGUAUGCACGUCCCACAAUGAAGCGUGAUCGGAUGGUUCUGCUACACUGGUACUACUUUCCAGAUAGCCAUGAUACUUGGACCAAUGUGGAGUUACCUGUUGACCCACCUGACUCUCCUGUGCCACAUACGGGGCCUUGGCGGGUGGCAGCUAUGUGGGUACUAGAUCUCGAUCAGUACAAUGAGUGGAUGACUGAGGAGGAUUAUGAGGUUGAUGAGGGAGGACACAAGAAGAUCCACAAGCUUCGUUUGUCAGUGGAUGACCUAAUGAGUCAGUCAGAUCCAGACCGAAACAAAAAGAAACCGAAACGCAAGAGAUCACCUUCACCAAUUCCCAAGCGUGACAAGAGGAAGAGUGGUCGCAGCCCUGCUGCAAGUGGAAGCAAAAAGCAUAAGAGCGAGGAAGAAGCUGAUGAUCUCACUAAGGAAAUGGAGGAACCUCCUCCAGAACCAAACAUUCAAGAGGUUACUGUCCCUAAGCCAGGUUCAUCUUCUAAGAAAGACAAUGACCUGCAGCCUAUCAAGGGUGGAACAAUGACAGAGCUGGAGGAGGAGGCAGAGAAGGGUGAAGAUAGUCAGACUGGCAAGGCAUCAGAUAACAACACGCAGGAAUUCAAUGCAAAGGAUGAUGGACAGGAGGACAAUGUGACAGAACAGACGCAUCACAUCAUUAUCCCAAGCUACUCAGCAUGGUUCGACUACAAUUCCAUCCACACAGUGGAGAAACGUGCCCUGCCAGAAUUCUUCAAUGGGAAGAACAAAUCAAAGACACCAGAGAUCUACUUGGCAUACCGUAACUUCAUGAUUGAUACAUACCGUCUCAAUCCUACAGAGUACAUCACUAGUACGGCAUGCAGGCGCAACCUGGCAGGAGACGUUUGUGCUAUCAUGAGAGUCCAUGCUUUCCUGGAACAGUGGGGUCUCAUUAAUUAUCAGGUUGACUCUGACAGUCGACCAACUCCCAUGGGCCCUCCACCAACUUCACAUUUCCAUGUUCUGUCAGACACUCCAUCGGGUCUGCAGCCCAUCAACCCACCCAAGACACCUCAGCCAUCAGCUGCCAAAACUCUGCUGGAUUUGGACAAGAAGGAUCCUACCAAAAAAACUGACUCAGAUCCUGGAACUAAUUUUGGCCUUAAGCUUGACCAGUAUGCCCGGAAACCUGCAGCUUUACGUAACAAGACAGCAGCCAGUAUGACCCGUGAAUGGACAGAGCAGGAGACACUGCUGCUUCUGGAAGGUUUGGAGCUCUACAAGGAUGACUGGAACAAAGUGUGCGAACAUGUAGGUAGCAGGACACAAGACGAGUGCAUUCUCCACUUCCUGAGACUGCCUAUUGAGGACCCUUAUCUUGAGGAUCAUGAAGCAGGAGGAGGCGCACUGGGACCUCUGGCAUACCAGCCCAUUCCAUUCAGCAAAGCUGGCAACCCAAUCAUGUCCACUGUUGCAUUUCUUGCAUCGGUGGUGGAUCCAAGGGUGGCUGCGUCAGCAGCAAAGGCAGCGAUGGAAGAGUUUGCAAGCAUCAAGGAUGAAGUACCAGCAGCUCUGAUGGAUGCACAUUUUAAGAAUGUUGAGGCAUCAUCCACUGAUGGGAAGUUCGAUCCGUCAGCUGGUCUGGCACAAAGUGGAAUUGCUGGUACGGUCCCUGAGAAGGAGGAAGAAUCAAUGGAGAAGGAGAAGAAAGAAGGGGAGAAAGAAAGUGAAGAGAAGGCAACAGGGACUGAUGGAGAGAAGAAAGAAGGAGAUAAAUUGGAGCCAAUGGAAGUGGACAAAAAGCCCGAGGAGAAGGAGAGUCCCAAGGAACAAAGUGCUGAAGAGAAGGCAUCAGGUACAGAGGAAAGUCUGGCCAUGAAGGAGGAGAAGCUGGAGGAGGCAGCAGCAGUCAGCACAGGAGACAGUGCAGGUGAAACAGAACAGGAACGACUGGUGAAGGAUGCACAGCUCCAAGCAGCUGCUGCUGCUGCUUUAGCUGCAGCUGCAGUGAAAGCAAAACAUUUAGCAGCUGUGGAGGAGCGAAAAAUAAAGUCCCUGGUUGCCCUUUUGGUGGAGACGCAGAUGAAGAAGCUUGAAAUCAAGCUUCGUCACUUUGAGGAACUGGAAACAACAAUGGAACGAGAGCGCGAAGGACUGGAAUACCAGCGACAGCAGCUGAUCACCGAACGCCAGCAGUUCCACUUGGAGCAGUUGAAAGCUGCUGAGUUCCGGGCUCGUCAGCAAGCACACCAGCGACUUGCUGCAGAACAGGGUUCAUGGCAGUCUGCGUCUUCCCAGCAGGGUGGCAGUAUAGUAAGCUCAGGUUCUGCAGUUGCUGGCAAUGCAGCAUCCUCUGGUAGUGAACAGCAGUCUGGUGGUCCUGUUACACCAAGCACCACACCCACUCCACCCUCACCACAAGCUGUGCCUGGAUCAGGUCCACCUCAUUCAGGUGCCACUGCAGUUCCUCCUCUUCAUCCCUCAGCAGCAGGCUCUCCCUCUCCUGGACCACCAAUGGGAGCACAGCCAUCUCCACAGCAGGCCACCUAGACACCCAGUUUGUCUCCUAUCACAGAGGUUUUGAUUGAGCAUUGCAACAGUAUGUGCAAAGCCAGGAUGCUCUUGAUUUCAGUGGUUUUAGAAUGGAUCUUUCUAGACAUUUUUAAUAUGUGAGUGAAGUGGUGGGUUUGUUGCUCUGGGGAGAAGAGAUUAACUUUUUGAGUACUGCGUAUGUCUGCUUUUCAUAUCAGUGUCAGUGACAGAUUUUUCUAUUCAUUUUAUGUAUAUGUAUUAUAUUGGAAUUGAUGUGUCUAUGGCUAGUAAUUAGAAUCUCAUUCUAAGAGUCUCGCCAACAGUGACAACAUGAAUUGCGCCAAUAGUAGUUAUAUACAAGAGAUUGAUAAUUAGUAUUUUAAGAAAAGAAAUAUAUAUAUUAAAAAUGAA